GGAGUCCCAUCCUCCUCUUCCUCCUUCCUCUCCUCUUCCUCCUCCUCCUCCUCGGUGAAAGCUGCUGCACAGCUGGCAAAUUAACGACAAGAGUCGCCACACGGAGCAACUGGUGGGUCGCUGCCCCGCCGACUGGACUCGUGCGUGAUGAUGGACAUGAGUUAGAAAGAAAUCCAGAGUUAUUUCUCACUGAUCUGGCGGAGGGGGGCUCAGGAUCAACACACGGAGCAGGCAGCACCCCUCGCUCCACUGGAACCGCUAUAACCUCCUUAAUACUUGGCACCACAAGCUGAAAGGAUGGAGAAGUCGAGGCACACGCGGCAGUUAGCGGUCAGCCUUCUGUUUGGAUUGUGGUUUCCUUGUUGUUUAACCCAGACCACAGCGCCCAGCAGGGCCAGCGUGGUCCCUACUCCGUCCGGGGCCCCGCAGCAGCUGAAGGUCCGCCUGGCCGGAUACCCCCGCAAACACAACGAGGGCCGGAUAGAGCUCUUCUACAAGGGAGAGUGGGGAACCAUCUGCGACGACGACUUCUCUAUAGCCAACGCCAACGUCCUCUGCCGACAGCUGGGCUUCGUCUCAGCCACUGGAUGGACUCACAGCGCCAAAUAUGGCAACGGACAAGGAAAGAUCUGGUUGGACAACGUGUUGUGUAGCGGAGGGGAGAAGAGCAUCGAGUUGUGCAAGUCUCGAGGAUGGGGAAACAGCGACUGCACUCACGAUGAAGAUGCUGGAGUGGUUUGCAAAGAUGAGAGGAUUCCUGGCUUUGUGGACUCAAACAUUAUUGACGCUCAAGUUGACGAGAAGAAGGUGGAGGAGGUGCGGCUCCGGCCCGUCGUCGGCACGGCCAGGAGGAAGCUGCCCAUCACCGAGGGCGUGGUGGAGGUCAAACACAAGGACGGCUGGGCUCAGAUCUGUGACGUGGGAUGGACCAUCAAGAACACCCGCGUGGUCUGCGGCAUGCUGGGAUUCCCGCAUGAACGGAAGGUCAACAAGAACUUCUACAAACGUCUGAAAAAGCGAGCUGCUGAGAAGGCCUCCGGUCCAAAGGUCUCAGCUGCUGGAAGGCAGCCAUCCAAAGCUAAAGCUAGCUCUAUGUCUAAACAGAGCAACCGCAGCAAAAGGUUGUACCUGGAGCGGCAGAAGAACCUGUACCUGCUCCGCUCUGUGGCGUGUUUGGGGUCAGAGGUCCACCUGGUGGCCUGCCCCCUUGAGUUCAACAAGCGAAACGCCACGGCGACCUGCGCCGGCGGCAUGCCCGUCGUCGUGAGCUGCAUGCCCGGCCCUCUGUUCAUGCAAAACAGCUCUCUGAAAAAGAAAGUUAAAGUCUCGAGCAACGUGCGGCUGAAGGGCGGCGCCAGGCUGGGGGAAGGCCGGGUGGAAGUGCUCAAAGACAACGAGUGGGGGACGGUGUGCGACGACCGCUGGAGCCUGCUGUCCGCCAGUGUCGUGUGCCGGGAGCUGGGCUUCGGCAGCGCCAAGGAAGCUCUGACGGGAGCCCGCAUGGGACAAGGAAUGGGUCCGAUCUACAUGAACGAGGUGAAGUGUGUCGGGAACGAGAAGUCGAUCUGGAGCUGCCCGUUUAAAAACAUCACGGCGGAGGAUUGCCAGCACAUGGAGGACGCCGCUGUUCGCUGCAACAUCCCGUACAUGGGCCAGGAGAACUCGAUCCGGAUCACAGGCGGACGGAGCCGCUUUGAGGGCCGCGUGGAGGUGCUGAGCUCUGACGCUAACGGGACGGAGAGCUGGGGUCUGAUCUGUGGUGAGACCUGGACCACCAGGGAGGCCAUGGUAGCCUGCAGGCAGCUGGGUUUGGGCUACGCUAACCAGGGCCUGCAAGAAACCUGGUACUGGGACAGCAGCAACGUCACAGAGAUGGUGAUGAGCGGCGUGAAGUGCACAGGAAGUGAGAUGGCUCUGAGCCAGUGCCAGCAUCACAAAACCGUCAACUGCCAGAAGGCGGCCGCAAAGUUUUCAGCAGGAGUCAUCUGCUCAGAGACCACCUCCGACCUCGUCCUGAACGCCUCCCUGGUGGAGCAGACGGUCUACAUCGAGGACCGUCCUCUGCACAUGCUCUACUGCGCCGCCGAGGAGGACUGCCUGUCCAAGUCUGCGGCCAAAGCCAACUGGCCGUAUGGACACCGGCGGCUGCUCCGCUUCUCCUCCCAGAUCCACAACGUCGGCCGGGCCGACUUCAAGCCCAAAGCCGGGCGCCACUCGUGGGUGUGGCACGCCUGUCACGGCCACUAUCACAGCAUGGACGUCUUCACCCACUAUGACCUGCUGAACGCUAAUGGCAGCAAAGUGGCAGAGGGCCACAAAGCCAGUUUCUGCUUGGAGGACACAGAGUGUCAAGAAGGUAUUUCCAAACGAUACGAGUGCGCCAACUUUGGCGAUCAGGGCAUCACGGUCGGUUGCUGGGACUUGUACCGCCAUGACAUUGACUGCCAGUGGCUUGACAUCACGGACGUCAAACCUGGAAACUACAUUAUGCAGGUCGUGAUCAAUCCGAAUUACGAAGUGGCCGAGAGCGACUUCACAAACAACGGCAUGAAAUGCAACUGUAAAUACGACGGACACAGGAUUUGGCUCCACAACUGUCACAUCGGCGACGCAUUCAGUGAGGAGGCAGAGAAAAGAUUUGAGAAAUACCCCGGACAGAUAAACAACAGGAUCUCCUAACUAUAGACGCCGCCUCCACUGUGGGAUGGAUGAAUAAAAAUCCGCCUCUGUAUUUCUAUUUGUUUUCAGGUGCUUACAUGAAUCCCUAUAAUAUUCCUUCAUAGUUGUUUUUAUACUUGAAUAUUCAAGUGGUUAUGAUUAUGUCCUCUAGUUUAAUGUGAGUCUGUACUUCCUUCUUUUUUUUAUUUUUAUUUUUUACAAAUUCAGAUUUUAGAGUUUUACAGUCGAUGUUUGACACGAUGUACAAUCCUCUAUUGAAUGUUUUAGUUGCAAGGCCUGAAUGAAGCUUUAAUGUUUUGGUAUUAAACGUAUAACAAGAUUUAUUUGCCUUUAGUAUGCAGAGUCCAAACAUGGAACCCAAUACGCUCAUAUUUAAUUUGUUUUAAGCAACUGAAACAUGACCCAAAGCCCCAGAGAUCUGGUUGAGUUUGUGGUUUCAACAAGAAAAAUGAAAUGGUAGAACUACUUUUUCAAGGCACUGUAACCCCAGGAAGGGAACAAAUUUACCAAGAUGCAGUUUUAUCAAUGUACUAAUGCCACCAAACUGUAUGUACUGUACAACAAUGACCUGUUGUUUUACUCCAGUGAGCAUUUUGCUACAAUUUGAUCAGUAAAUGUGAUUUAAACGCAAACCUUUACAAAAACAUCCAGGGUUUUCUGUCUCCCAUCCUAAUUUUGGUUAUGCAAAUUUGAGCUUCUUGUAUGUUAGAACUGCUGCGAUAUUUUGUGAAUGUAUUUAUUUCCAGUAUGCGUUUAUCAGCAAGUUUUCUCUCCAGUUCAAAGCCGUGUGUCGUUCCAGGCUGGUUUAGCUCAGCCUCGUAGUCACAGACGUUCCUCUGCAUUAGCAGAAAAAACUAACGAAGAUGUGUGUUUGUAUUGCUGAUAUAACCACACUUGUUACAUAUAACAAGUGUGGUUAUAUAUGUGUGCAACCACACUUGCAUCAAAUAAAGCUCAAUUGAAUGAUAA